AUGAAGCGUAGAGCUGUUUUAGAGGCGUUUGAAGGAUCCGACGAUGAAAAUGAAGAUGCUUUAAGAGACCCUCAGUUUAUUACUGGACUUAACAAAAACGGUGACGUUGAAUACAAAAACAAGGAAAUUCAACAGGCCCAUAUUGAAAAAAGAACACCCAAGAUCAUUCAUGUCCCAGCAAAUAAAACUUGGCUUGAAGACAGAAAAAACAGAAUCGAGCAACAAACACGUCAAAAAGAAAAGGAAGAUGUUACAGAACGACUUCCUGAAAUAGGUUUAAGCUAUGGUCUUAAUGUGAAACAGUCUGCUAUUGAAUCAACGAACCCAGCAGAUGCAGAUAAGCCAGCCAGCGUUGAAACAGAAGCUACUUUUUCUUCUUUAUCCAACCAAAAUGCACCCGGGGAAAAGGAUUCUUCUGAUAUUCCGUUGGAGGUGAAGAUGAUUUUGGAAAAUCAAAAUAGUGAGAAUGCACUCUCAAACUCGUCUCAAGCUAAAAUUAUUUCCAAUCAAGCAGCGGACGAACGAGAAAUGUAUAACCGUGAUAUAGAAUUGCUCCCGAAUUCUUCCGAUUUAAGGGAUUAUGCCGAUAUACCAGUAGAAGAUUUUGGUGCUGCAAUGCUUCGAGGUAUGGGUUGGAAUGGAAAACUAUCUUCAAAAGAAGCAUUCGAGGUCAACCGUCGCCCUACCUUUCUUGGAAUGGGUGCGAAGCCCAUGGAUUUAGGAGUUCCUGAAGUGGGAAGUUGGGGAAAACAGGAUCCAAAAAAGACAAUGUUUUUGCCUGUUAAGGCCGUUGGAGAUGAUUCAAUUGACGAAAGAAAUCAUAGCACCCCAGUAGAACUUGCACGUUCUUCCUCAUCUGUUUCCCCUCACAGAGAAAGCAAAAGGUCUUCUCCUUCUUUAGCUCACAAGACAGCAAGAAGUCCCUCUCCUUCUCGAUCGUCACGGCAUCGAAAGUAUUCUUCGUUAGGCCGUGAACGGACACGAGAUCGCGACAGAUAUGCUUACCAUAGACACCCUAGUAGAGACGAUCAUAUUUAUGAAGAAAGAAGAAGGCGAUAUGGGACGUCUGAUUAUAAUAAUCGGCGAAACCGAAGAUAA